AUGUUCCUUUUCCUGGCACUGCUCGCCGAGCUUGGAACGCUGCCGGCCUGCCUGGGUGCGGAAGGAAUACUGCUGCACCUCACAGUGCCCAGGAAGAUAAGGCCAAGUGGGAGGGAAGUGUCACAGGAACAAGUGUUUUAUAGUGUUACAAUUGAUGGGAAACCAUUUACCUUGCAUCUCAGAAAACACUCAUUCUUAUCCCAGAAUUUUUUGAUUUAUACAUAUAAUGAAACUGGAUCUUUGCAUUCUGAGUCUUCAUAUUUUAUGAUGCAUUGUCAUUACCGAGGUUAUAUUGCUGAAUUUCCAAAUUCUGUUGUGACCCUCAGUGCCUGCUCUGGCCUCAGGGGAUUUCUACAGUUGGAAAAUAUCACCUAUGGAAUUGAACCACUGGAAUCUUCACCAAAAUUUGAGCACAUCAUUUAUCAAAUGAAAAAUGUCAAUCUAGAUGUUCCCAUGCUAGUAGGAAAUUAUAGCAGCAUUUUUCAGAAUGACCAGCUCUAUAAAAUUCACUUAAGCUAUCAGGAAAAAGCUCCUUCAAAACUAUUACCCAAGUGUCUACAAAUGCAUAUCAUUGUUGAAAAAGCUUUGUAUGAUUACAUGGGCUCUGAAAUGAUGGCUGUAACACAGAAAAUUAUCCAGAUUAUUGGGCUUGUCAACACUAUGUUUGCCAAUUUCAAAUUGACUGUUAUACUGUCUUCUGUGGAAUUGUGGUCACACACAAAUCAAAUUUCUACCAAUGGAGAUGCUGAUGAUGUAUUGCAAAGAUUUUGGGCCUGGAAACAAGAGUAUCUGACCCUACAGCCUCAUGAUGUAGCACAUUUACUUAUUUACAGGGAACAUCCUAAACACAUGGGAGCAACAUUUCCUGGCAAGAUAUGCACCAAACAUUAUGAUGCAGGUAUUGCUUUGUAUCCAGACUAUAUAAGUUUGGAGGGAUUUUCAGUUGUGAUAGCUCAACUGCUUGGCCUUAACAUGGGAUUGACAUAUGAUGACAUCAAUAACUGUUCUUGUCCGAGAGCUUCAUGCAUAAUGCAACAGGGAGCUGUGAGUUCCAGUGGCAUAAAGAUUUUUAGCAACUGUAGCAUUCAUAAGUAUGCUCACAUCAUUUCAAAAAUUGAGACUAAAUGUCUUCACAACAUUUCAAAUUUACAACCAUUAGAUCAAAAUCAGCCCAUUUGUGGAAAUGGAAUUUUGGAACCUGAUGAAGAAUGUGAUUGUGGUAUGGAAAGGGAAUGUCAAUUUAAAAAGUGCUGUGAUUAUCAAACAUGUAAACUGAAAAGCUCAGCAAAGUGUGGGUCUGGAGCGUGCUGUACCUCGAAGUGUGAGUUCUCAGUAGCAGGCACUCCCUGUAGAAAGAGCCUUGACCAGGAGUGUGACUUCACGGAGUAUUGCAAUGGAACUUCUAGUCACUGUGUUCCUGACACGUAUGCAUUGAAUGGACAUUUGUGCAGGAUGGGGUCUGCAUAUUGUUAUAAUGGACAAUGCCAAACCACUGACUACCAGUGUGCCUCAUUAUUUGGUAAAGGUGCUCAAGGGGCUCCCUAUGACUGUUUUAAAGAAGUUAAUUCUCCACAUGCAAGAUUUGGGAACUGUGGUUUUAAAAAUUCACAACCAUUACCUUGUAAUCCAAAAUAUAUGGUAUGCAAAUAUUUUCUUACAUUCAAUGGGUUGUCUCCUAAUUCUGUUGAUUAUAUCCAUGGCUGUGAAGAAGCUUUUAGUUUAAUGAUCUCAUUUGUCACACUUUUGCUUUUGUGGCCGUAUUGUAUCAACAAAACCUGCAGAGGAGCUCAUUUAAUGGGAUAUAACUGUAAUGCCACUCAAAAAUGCAAAGGAAAUGGGAUAUGCAAUAAUUUGGGGAAUUGCCACUGCUUUCCUGGCCAUCGGCCUCCAGACUGUGAGCUCCAGAUUGGCUCACCAGGGGGCAGUGUCGAUGAUGGAAAUGUGCAGAAAUCUGAUGUAUUUUUAAUUAAAAAAGGCUUCAGUAAGCAUCGGGACAACUGGCUCAUUCUGAGCUUCUACAUUUUCCUGCCAUUCUUCAUAACUUUUGCCAUUAUGAUCAUGAAGAGACAUGAAGCAAGAAAAAUCAUGCAGCAGAGGGAACAGAGAGUAUGA